CUAGUUUGAUGUGCUUGUCUGGAUGCAUGGAUCCUGUGCGAUCAUUAAUAUGUUUGUGUUAAGGUUCUGCGCCUGUCCACACUUUAACCGGCAGGCAUGUGUUGGGCGUUGCGUUACAGUGCGUUAUGGUGUAGCUCCAACUACUGGUCCGAGUUCUUGGUGGGAUCAUCCCCCGCUCAUUUAUCUUAUGGAACUGGUGGUUCUAGAUUAGGAGCGCACAGGCUGCCCUGUUUGCCUUUGCUCGCAUUUUCUUCUUCCUUCAUAUACUCAUCAUGCUUCCCUCGCGAAGAUCUUGUCAUACUUGCUAGUUCUUUUUUCGUUCUUUCCCCAUGGUGUUGGUGACACCGCCGAAACGAUGCAGAUUCCCCCAGCUUCAGUGCUACAGUCAUGGCCGAAGCCGAAUACUGUGAAUCCUGAAACAAGAGGCAAUGCGAAGCUCAUUCUAAAUAUCGUGCUGUAUUCAAUCCUUUUUUGUUUCAUGAGUAUUCGAAUCUUUACAAGAACAUAUCUCAGGAAGAUAUUUGGGGCAGAUGAUAUUUUCAUUCUUUUAGCGAUGGUACGUCUUGUUUUCAACCCCUCAGCUACUUAUAGAUCAAUGCUUACUGGUGGAAGAUUCCUACAACCGCUUUCUUUGUAAUAAGUAUAGUCGCGGAUACAAAGUUAUAUUGGACGUUACAUUCGGUGAGUUGGUACGGCAAAUAUAACCGGGAGUUAUGCUAAACAUUGCGUAGUACGAUAUUCCAGCCAGUAAAAUUCCCAAUGGGUUGAAAAUGGUCCUCGUGACGGAGCUUAUUUUUGGAUUGGCAUGUACACUCACAAAGCUAUCAAUGUUGAUGCUAGUACGUCGAAUGCUGAAGUCGGCUUCUUCGCUUUGGAGGAGAAUCACAUUAUUGGCGAUCGCAAUUGUCGCUACACAGGGCACAAUAUUUUGCUUCACCGUGAUAUUCCAAUGCAGGUUAGUUUUGCAGUUCAUUUUUCAAAUCAUAUGCCCUGGUCUUCCUUGCCCUCCAUAAUAUAAAGUAAGUCACUAACAGGUUUCUUUUCAGACCGCCUCAGAACUAUUGGAAAGUCACAAUUGAGAAGGACCCAAAUUGCAUUGACGACACAGCCUCGCUUCUUGCCGCCGGAAUAAUCAACACUCUCACAGACUUCAUUGUCGUUCUCCUCCCUAUCAAAACAGUCAUGUCAGUUUCGCUGCCAAUCAAACAAAGGAUUCCAAUAGUUCUUCUCUUUGCAUUCGGUUUUAUUUCCUGUUUCGCGGGCAUCGCCAGAACAUACUACACCUACCAAAUAAGUCAGACCUGGGAUAAAAUAUGGGCAAGUUACCCAAUCUGGGUAACGGCAUCUUUAGAACUGUAUAUCGGAAUUGUAAGUUCUUUUCUCCCCCUUCUUCCGCCCCCCAAAUAAACAGCAAGCAAGAAUCUAAUAAUCAUUAAAACAGAUCUGCGCCUCAAUACCAGCAACCAACCCCUUCUUCUCCACCUACCUCCCCAAAUUCUUCGGCGGCACAAACUUCUUACCCUCCCGAUCCGCACUCACAACCCCCCGUCCUUACCACCUGGGUUCCUCCACGGGAGACAAUUCCUUCGGCUUUGAAGAGGCGGUGAAAUUGACCAAGGGCAGUGGUAAACAUGUGGCAACGAAAUCUACAUUCUCGACGGGGGAAUCGACACUUCUAUCGAAUUCGGAAGGGCCUGGACGAGGAAUAUUGGUCACGAGGACUGUUGAACAUGUCACGCAUAGACCCAGUCAGCUUCUCUAGGAUUUUGUCGCGAAAUGAGGGGCUUAGAUGAGAGCAAUUGGAAAGGCGGGAUUUUGAAGUUUUGAAUACAGUAUCUGGAGUUUUGGGUGGUUAGUGUGACUGGGUAUAUAAUCUGGAAUUGGGUCUCAUUCUAAUAGAGCAGGACUUGCUGGACGGUCGGAGUUCAGGAAGGAAACGAGGGUUUUGCGG